UCAUUCUUGUUCUCGAUGGCUCAUCCCCAUCUUCGUCGCCAUCCCCAGCAACUUGGCCGUCCAUCCAGAUUGCUGUGUACUAACGAGUGGAGUGCGCAUGCAGACGUAUAUAUAUAGUACAACUUCAUGAUACAGGCGGUGAGCUCUAGUUUCCAGUCAAAACUAACCGUAACACGCAAGGCGUGCUACCGUCGGGAAUUUAAGCUUGUGUUUGUUCGUGUUCCAAUGGAAAGCGGCGCAAGAUGGACCUAUUUUGCGAACAGGAGCUGUGGCGCCGGGGCCCGGCGAAGCGUUCUGAAGGACAAAUAGGAGGGCAGCAUACUAUCACUUUCGACCUCGCAAAUCUCGCUUCCACGACAAUAACAUAUCUCGCGUUCACGAUACCGUCGACGUGCUUUACUCGUAGAAUAAUAUCGGACUAGAGCUAAGAAAGGAAGCCAUGCGUUUCCCUACAAUAAUCCUCACGGGCCUAUUUCUCGCGACCGGGACCGGUUCUGUGCACGCCAUUUCGAUCGUGGACGCUUUGAAAGCGAGCUCGGGAACCAGCAUCGCUCAGGCUGCCAUCGCUGCCAACCCGCAGUGGGCCGCCGCCGGGCAAAAGACUCUGAUUGUUCCUACGGAUGCAGCAAUCAAUUCCGCUAGAACUGCUGGAUACUUGACACAAAAUGAAACGGGCAUAGUGUUCCUAACUACCGCGACAAACCAUAAAGAUGUCGCCAACUAUAAGAUUUUGAAAGCCCCUCAGACAGCGUUGCUCUUCGACAAUUACGUGCCUCAGGGACCCCCCGAGGUUCAUGUCCGGUCAUCCACCCAACAGGGCUUGAUCACCGCGAACGUCGAUUGUGAUGACGGUUUCUUCUACGUGUCCAACAUCCCUUUUGAAACUGCGGUGGUCCCAUCCCGCGCCAUCGUCCUCAACCCAGGCGCUACUUCGUUUUUGGCUCUAUUCACGAAAUACAACCUUGUCCAGACCCUCGACUCCCUGACGGGCGUGACAAUCUUUGUUCCCACGAACGCAGCCAUCGCUGCCGCUCAGACUCGCUUGGCUGCAUUGACCCCGAAUCAGGUCGCAUAUGUGCUCGCUUCGCACAUUGUCCGGCCUACAAAGUUCAGCACGGAGAUGGAGACAGGGAGCCUUGCUGCGCUCAGCGGAGUGAGCUUGCCGUACGUCGUCUCUGGCGAGAGUGCCACCGUCGGCGGCGUUGCCAUUGGCGCGCUGGUCGACGUCCCGACAUCCGCGGGUUCAAUCCUGACCGUGAAUGCGGUCAUCAUUCCGGCAACCCUGCCUCCCGCUGACUCGAAUGCGAAUGCCGCAGUUACCACCUUCGGCACAGUCGCUGUUGUAGGAGCUACCUCGGCCACUACCGCCACGUCUACCAGUGCCAGUGCCAGUGCCAGUACUAGUUCCAGUACCAGUGCAUCGACCACUGCGACCGCGGCUACCACCACUGCUACCGCCACAACCACGGCUACCACGUCAAGCUCGACCCCUGCUGUCUCGUCGACGUCGUCCACAGCUCGAACCACUGACGACGCGAAAUCCGGUGCGGGCCAGAUUGCCGGCUCGUUGGCUGGUCUGCUGGCCGCUGGUGCCGUUGGGUUGGCUGGGGUUUUGUGAUGGUUUUCAUAGCAGUUGAUCGAUUGAUCCUUUGAGAGGGCGCUACGUAGCAGUUUAGUUAAAUAAAAUCACAUCUUCAAACAGUUAU